CAGGCCAUGGGGAUUGUGCAGCAGCAAGGGGUGUGGGCAGCAGAGUGGUUGUGCACAUGGACCUGGACUGCUUCUAUGCACAAGUGGAAAUGAUCCAUAAUCCAAAAUUAAGAGACAAGCCUUUAGGUGUGCAACAGAAAUACCUCGUAGUUACCUGUAACUAUGAAGCAAGAAAACUUGGAGUUAAGAAACUGAUGUCUGUCAAGGAUGCUAAAGAGAAGUGUCCUCAGCUGGUACUGGUUAAUGGAGAAGAUCUAACUCCCUACAGGGAGAUGUCAUACAAGGUGACAGAGCUGUUGGGGGAAUUUUGUCCCCUGGUGGAAAGGCUUGGGUUCGAUGAGAACUUUGUGGACGUCACAGAGAUGGUAGAGAAAAGGCUGAACCAGCUCCAGCAAAGUGGAUGUUGCAGAGUCUGUGUGUCUGGCCACGUGUACAACAACCAAGCUCUCAACCUGCAGGACACGACGCACAUCCGGCUCGCCCUUGGCUCACAGGUUGCAGAGGAGCUGAGGGAAGCCCUGGCCACCAGACUGGGCCUGACGGGCUGUGCUGGAGUGGCCUCCAACAAGCUGCUGGCUAAACUGGUGUCUGGGACCUUUAAACCCAACCAGCAAACGGUUCUCCUGCCCGAGAGCUGCCAGGAGUUAAUGCGCCGCCUCGACUCCAUCCAAAAAGUGCCUGGCAUUGGCUACAAAACCACCAAACGUCUUGAGACACUGGGUGUUAGGAACGUGUGUGAUCUCCAGCUGUUCCCAUCUGCUCUGUUAGAGAAGGAACUGGGUGUUUCUGUCGCUCAGCGUAUCCAAAAACUCAGCUACGGAGCAGACGACUCCCCCGUGACUCCCUCAGGCCCUCCACAGUCCUUUAGUGAUGAAGAUUCCUUUAAGAAGUGUUCAUCUGAAGUGGAAGUUAAGGAGAAAAUUGAAGAGCUGCUUCCUAACCUAUUAGACAGAGUGCAGAAGGAUGGGAGACAACCACACACCAUCAGGUUGACCAUCCGGCAGUUCUCCUCAACAGACAAGUGGUUCAGUCGGGAGAGCCGCCAGUGUCCUCUCCCACCUCACCUCCUGCACAGGUUUGGCAGAGACAGCAGCGACCUUCUGUCCCCACUGGUUGAUCUGCUAAUGAAACUCUUCCGAAAGAUGAUAGAUGUAGAUCUGCCAUUUCAUCUCACCCUGCUGAGCAUCUGCUUCUCCAACCUCAAGGACCUUCCUAGCAGCAAGAAAGGAUCAAUUGGUUUCUAUCUAAAGCAGAUGUCACCACUAGCAGGCUCUGGGAAACGUGCCCGGGAAGUAGAAGAUGUCCCACAAGGUGAGGGAAGUGCUUCGUGGAACCAGGAGCACCACAGACCUGGAACUAUGAAAACCAGGAAACUUUCAGAGGGAGAGGAACUCAGUACAAAAAAAGCAGGAAUUCCUGACUUCCCCUUUCCCUUGUCUCCUGGUGACAUCGACCAGGAAGUCUUCAAGGAACUUCCAGAAGAUAUUCAGAAAGAAAUUAUUUCUGAAAAAACUACAGCAAUCCCUACUGGGAAUGUUUUGGGUCAGCCAUCAGGAUGUUUUUCCCCAAAUUCUAAGGGACCAGCCAACGACCCCCACUCUGCAGGAUGCAGCAUCCACCUUGCAUCAGCCCCUGAAUCCACAACUCCUCCAGCAGACAGCUCCAGGGCUGGUGGUUCCUCUGAGUGUCACAGGAACGUGCUGACAAGCAGCAGGGUGGAAAAACAACCUACUGACCAUCUGAGCUUCAGUGGGAGAGAUCUGUCACCUCCCAGAGCUGCAGCCAGCCCAGAUCAGAGCCAGCUCAAAGAUAAGCAGGCCUCUGAAACAACUUCAGAGGAUCAAGCUUGUAGUAGGGACGUGGGAAUUGUAUUUCCUCCAGAUGUUGAUGCAAAGACUUUUUAUGAACUACCUGCAGAGGUGCAGAAGGAACUACUUGCAGAGUGGAAAGGACAGGAAGCUGGGCCCAAAACUGCUGUGGAUAAACCCCCUGAAAGGCCCAAAGCAAGCAAAGGAAGGAGGAAUGCAGCAGCACCACGUUUCUCUCAGUCUAACAGCUUGCUAAGAUAUUUUAAACCACAGUGA